AUGGAGAGAUUCCAUGAGGAGUUGAAGAACGAAUUUGUGAAGGAGAAUAUUUCUAGUUCGAGGACUAAGCCUUUGUAUAUUAGCCAGGUUUCUGUGGAGAACGACUCCAGUGAUCAUCCUUUAUCCUCAAGUUUUCUACAAAAUGUAUUGGAAAAUGUAGUAUCAAACCCUAUACAGAACGUCGAUACUGCAUUAGGUUCAUUUAUUGACAUUAAGAGGAAUUUAUUGUUUACUGGAUUGUAUAAUGAUGUCGAUGUCACAUUAGGUGCUGACAAAGGCGGGUCUUUAUUGAAUUUAUCUCUGAAAAUGGUUACUGAUAAAAUCGGUAUUGAAUCAAUUGUCCCAACAUCAGCAACCAUAAGAUUAAAGCCAAAUGAUUUAGUUACUAAUUUACAAACUACUUUUACUACAACUUCCAAUGAUUGUUCCGUCAAUUUCCAUAAACUAUGGCCUAAUUUCUUGGGAAUUGCUGAUAGAGAAGCAAUUGAUUUCGGCGCCAAAUACAACUUACAGUCGACUUCUUGGAUCCAAAAAUAUUUUAAAGGUGAGUUCAUCUUACCUUUCACAAAGGUACCUUCUUUGAGAACCGUAUUAUCGGUAGAUGUGUCAGAAGAUAAAGUUUCCCAUUUACAAAGAUUGAAUUGUAAUUAUAAAGCAGGUAUUCAAAAAUUAUGGUUAAAAGAUGAUUUGAAUACGUUCCCAGUUUUUUACUCCGGUUUAUCUAUCGUUAAUAACAAACCUAUCUUUAACGGUGAAAUUCCAAUUGACGUCCCAUCUCCAGAACAGACCCCAAGUUAUCAAUCUGGUUGGUUGACUACUUUUUCGAAAGAUUCCACAAAAUGGUUGGGCUCCUUCCCGAACUCUGGUGAGUGCUUAAACUUGAAGAACGAAUAUGUGCUAUCGCAAUUGGACUCUGAUAAUAAACCCAUCAACACUAACAUAAAUAGAUUUGAAGCAAAUUUUGAGAAAUAUGUAUCGAUCCUAAACUCUCGUGUUAUCACUACUGUUUUGAUGAAUGGUGGAUUCCAAUUCCCAAUUGAUGAAUCUACUAGGUCUACAUUUGUUGGGGAAAGUUGGGAUAAACGUAACUCUUUGAUUAAAGAUAUUAUAUUAAACAAGAGUGAUAUGAACUUCAAGUGUGGCUUUAUUUCAAGUUUCAAGCUCCCUAAUACCGAGUUAGAUUCACCAUUAAGGUUACAAAUUUCUGCAUUAACUGAAAAUAAAUUCAAAGGUCUAGCCAACUACUUUGAUGGUUGUGCUGCUGAUACCGGAGUUUCAUUAGUAUACAAAACAAAGGAUACUAAUAUGGCACUUUCGUAUAAAGUUCCGCUAAUGCAAAGUUCUAAUUCCCCUGCUACUUCGGGCUUCUCAUUUGAUAUUGCUAUUACAUAUUGUUAA